AUUUUCAAGCAAGAAGGUUAAUAUUGCAAACGAACGUUCUGGUAGCUGUGACAAGUAUUUAAAGCAAGUAAACAACCUACGUUCUACCACAAACAGUUUUUGGAUACAGACGGAAUUGCGUUCAUAAAAUGUUUCUGAAAGUUGGAACUCUAGCUGUGCUGCUGACUUUUAUUGCUGUCGGGAAUGCUCAGCCUGGACCUCCAGGGCCACCGGGUGUGGACAGUGAACGAUUUCCAAAAUAUGGAGCAUCAGCCCCGGGACACAAUAUACCCGAGGACCUUUUGAUCUUCCCCGAAGUCUCGCUUGAUGCAUUUGUCGACGGAGCUCCAGUUAAUCCUGAAGAUCCCCAAUCAAUAAUGGAUGUUGGCCCAGAGCACCACACAUUUUCAGACCCAAGAGGCCCCAUAGGUUUCAGAGAUCCAUUACGACGAUUCUUUCCCUUUCGUGACGCUGAUGCAGAGUACCAAAGUCUUGGUAGAAGAACGAACAUCCAAAACGACAUGGAGCCAUAAUAAACUGGAAGGAUGUUUACCGGAAUACCGAUCCAUCGGCACAUAGCAGAGGAAUAGUUGUCGCAAUCAUUUGCCUCAUACAUGUUUCCUUCAUUCCAUUUCGGUGUUAAUUAAUCCUACCAAUUUAUGAAUGUAUAUUUCUGUCUACGCUCCAGUAAAACCGAUUUAAUCGAUUGUUAUUAUAAAAAAAACUGUCCUUCAUUCAACAUUCAUUAUGUGUAACAACUUGAAGUGUGAACACUCCAAUAAUAAAAUUUGCAUUUAGUACUGCAA